AUGUCUACAUUAUCUGGCAAGAAUAACCAACAAGAAAUUUAUAAAGACUUGCCUCUUUCUUAUGAUGAAUCACAAGCAUCAGCAGUUGUUCCAGUAAUCGAACAAAUUGAAAUGAUUACUGAAGAAAUUGUUGCUUCUUCUGAAGAAAAAAUGUCUGGUAAUAAUAUAACAAAAAAUCAACUUUUAGUAAAAGUUAAUGAACUAACAGCAGCAUUUAAUAAACAAAAAGAACAUCAUAUUAAUAAAAUCAGUCUUUAUCAAACAACUUUUGAAAAACAAAAACAAGAAAUGAAAGAAAAUCAUGCUAAUGAAAUCAAUAUAAGAAAAAAACAUAAAUAUGAAUAUAGUAAAAGAUUAAAAAAUCAAGAAAAAACUCAUAAAUGUAAAAGAGAAGAAAGAGAAAGAAAUUAUAAACAUGAAACAGAUCUUAUGCAACAAACUAUCAAUCGUUUAGAACAAACUAUUAGAACUUUACAGACUCAGAUUAAUAACUUUGAAAAUGUAUCAACUCCUGAACUAUACUAA